AUGAGGGGUGGAUCGUUCAAAUUAUUGGCGUUUUUCGUCACCUUUCUAGCCCUUUGGAAAAAAUCAGAACAACAAAGAUGUCCCGCGGGAGAAUUCAGUUGUGGGCCGGGAGACGCAUGUAUUCCCGAUUAUUUGCGUUGUAAUGGAAACCGGGAGUGCAGAAACGGCGCCGAUGAAGAAAACUGUCGAUCAGCCGAAUGUCGAACGGACGAAUUCCGGUGCGGAAACGGCCAGUGCAUACCGAAAGAAAACGUUUGCGAUCGAAUUUACCAAUGCGAAGAUCUUAGUGACGAACGAAAUUGUCCCUGUUUGCCGGACGAUUUCCGUUGCCAAAAUGGAUAUUGUAUCCCGAAAUCUCAAAGGUGCGAUGGCGUGCACCAUUGUCAGGACGGUACUGACGAAGUAGGAUGUAACAAAACGACAUGUCAAGCGCACGAAUGGCGGUGCGAUGAUGGUACUUGCAUCGAUCAAAUUUACCGUUGUAACCUAAAGCUGGAGUGUCCGGAUAGAUCCGAUGAAAUUGGAUGCAAUGAGUGCGCGCUUGAUCAGUUUAGGUGUAGUGACGGAACUUGUUUGAAUAUAAACAAGGUCUGUGAUCACGUAUCCGAUUGUCCACACUCUGAGGACGAAGAAAGUUGUGUUUCUUGCAAACCAGGCGAAUACCAGUGCGAAAAUGGACAAUGCAUUCAGGAAAGUUUUCGUUGCAAUGGCUUAGUCGAUUGUGCCGAUCUUUCUGACGAAAAAAAUUGCAUUAACGCGGCUUGCCGGCCGGACGAGGUGCAAUGUAACGACGGCCGGUGCGUUUUGGGCAAAAAAUGCGAUCGCGUGCUCGAUUGUUACGAUCGCUCCGACGAAUUGCACUGCGAAGGUACCUGCGACAUAUCGGAGUUCAAGUGUGAGGACGGCACCUGCAUAGACGAAAGGCUGCGUUGCGACGGCCUGGCCGAUUGUCCUGACAAAUCCGACGAAAGAAACUGCGAACGUAGUUGCCCGAACGGUGGGUUCCGAUGCGAGAAUGGUAUUUGCCUGGAUGGCAGGAGGAAGUGCGAUGGUUAUCCAGAUUGUCCUAACGGCACAGACGAGCAGGGUUGUUCGAAUUCCCCGAACGUUACCACGUGCGCCAGCGAUGAAUUCGAUUGCGGAGAUAGAUGCAUAAAUAGCGAAUAUCGUUGCGAUACAGUCGAAGAUUGUGACAAUGGCAGAGACGAAGAGAAUUGCGGUAAUUGCCAAGAGAACGAAUUCCAAUGCGGGAGCGACCAGAAGUGCAUAAGCAUCGAUAAAAAAUGCGACGGCAACUCGGACUGCUCGGACGAUUCGGACGAAUUCGAUUGCCCGAGACAGAGGUGUUCUUCCAAUCAAUUCACCUGUGAUGACGGCACUUGCAUCGAAGCAUUCAGGCAAUGCGACGGGCGUCCAGAUUGUCGGGAUUCUUCCGACGAGGCAGACUGUCCUACUUGUCCGAGUGGUUAUUACCAAUGUUUAGAUAAUUUCAACUGUAUACCCUUAAGAUUGCGAUGUAACGGAAGGAAUGAUUGUUCAGACGGUUCUGACGAAUAUAAUUGCCCCACUGAACCACCUACCACUGUUUCCCCAGAAACGACGCAGCGUAGCAUAUCCUGCCCCGACGGCUACCAGCCCUGCAGGUCCAGGGACCAGUGCGUCCGAUUAGACCAGCUCUGCGACGGGAGAGGCGAUUGUUAUGAUUUAUCUGACGAGACCAAUUGCUAUUCUACCAAAGAUGGACUUGAUUUGAAAACAUACCCUACUGCUACUGAAGAAACUGAACGGCAAGAAGUAGUGCUCAUGUGCAGAGAUGAAGGCCCCAUCAGAGCGCGAGUCCAUUGGGAAAGAGCCAACGGAGCGGAGUUGCCCUUCAACACCACAGACAUCCGCGGAAGACUUACCAUGCCCAACGUCCAGUUACACCACUCCGGUACAUACUAUUGCGUCGCCAAUGAUUAUCCACCCAAUACCCCAGGAGCUAGAGUAGCAGUACCAGUUACAAUCAUCAGAAAAACUCCAUCACCGACGCCUCUACCGCCCUCAGUAUGCAGGGUAGACGAAGCGACCUGCUCGAACGGCGAAUGCAUUCCGAGGUCGAAAGUUCGCGACGGGAAAUUCGACUGUUCCGACGGAACCGACGAGGACGGCUACCGACCGGACGGCUGCGAGCCCAACGAAUUCGAAUGCCGCAACAAGAAGUGCGUGCUGAAGACGUGGAGGUGCGACUCCGACGACGAUUGCGGCGACGGAACAGACGAGGAGAAUUGCGGCACCAGCGCCCCGUUCUCCGUGUGCCAGUACCACCAGUUCGCCUGCCAUUCCAACAACCAGUGCAUACCGAAGAGCUACCACUGCGACAUGCAGAGCGACUGCGUCGACGGAAGCGACGAAGUCGGUUGCUCUAAGCCGGUUAUUUCUCGACCUCCACCACCGAUGGUGAGCCUGCACGAAGGCGAAACCUUCGAAAUUUCCUGCACGGCCGUCGGUAUACCGACUCCUGAAAUAGUGUGGCGUCUCAAUUGGGGACACGUGCCGGCGAAAUGCAGGCAAACCAGCGUCAAUGGCGUGGGCACUCUGAUCUGCGAGAACAUCGCAGUUGAGGAUCAGGGCGCUUACUCCUGCGAAUCUCUCAACAUCAAAGGUUCCACCUUCGCCGUGCCCGACACCAUACUGAGCGUCAAACACGAGAGUCCUUGCAGACCGGGUUACUUCAACGUGCAGGCCAGAAGCGAGGGCGAGUGCAUCAAGUGCUUCUGUUUCGGUCACGCCAGCAGCUGCAGAUCCGCUGAUCUCUUCAUAUUCCAGUUCCAACCGCCUUUCGAUGCUCAUAAAGUAUUGGGAGUUCGCGUCGAUCCUUCGGGUGCCGUCGAUAUUAGAGACGAGCCCGUGUACUCCGGCGCCGAUCUCGUUUUAUCGCCUAACGGACCUCAGGGUGUAUACGCCACAGUUCCCUCGAACGGUUACCUCAGCCAGCCCAACGUGAUUCCGUACUUUGCGAUGCCAGAGAACUACCACGGCAACCAGCUGAAGAGUUACGGCGGUAAUUUGAACUACUGGAUCAAGCAUACCAACAGAGGAGCUCCGCUACAAGGACCUAACGUUAUUAUAUCUGGAAACGGUUACACUCUGCUGCACCAAUCCACUCAUUCUCCAGCUCCGAACACCAACGAAAACAUCAGAGUGAGGUUCUUCGAAGGAGAGUGGUUAAUAGUAUCGCCAGGAUCUCGAGAAAGGCCGGCUACUAGAGAAGAAAUAAUGAUGGUGCUCGAAGAUGUCGACAAUAUUUUGUUGAAAUUGCAGUACAACGACGGUCAACUAAACACCACUAUUAGCAACGUUGAAGUGGAUUCCGCUGGAUUGUCCAACGCUGGUUUAGGCCCUGCGAAUUACGUUGAAGAGUGUUCCUGUCCAGUUGGUUACAGUGGUACUUCGUGUGAAAGAUGUUCUGAAGGCUAUGUACGACAGAACAACGGACCUUGGCUCGGAUUGUGCGUUAAAGAGCCCACUACGUGUCCACGUGGAAUGUACAACGAUGGCAGAGAAUGCCAACCUUGUCCUUGUCCUCUUACAGAUGCUAGCAACCAGUUCGGAACAUCCUGCCACCUCGGUUCCAACGGAGACGUAGUUUGCCAAUGUCCCGUCGGCUACGUUGGCAACCGAUGCCAAUACUGUGCAGACGGUUACGAAGGCAGUCCAUUGACUCCUGGUGAUUACUGUAGACCCGUUCGACGACCACCACCGUCUCUAUGCGAUCCCGCUGGUUCGGUAGACCCGAGACCCGACGAAUACGGAAGAUGUAGAUGCAAGAAUUUGGUCGAUGGUCCCACUUGUAAUCAAUGUAAGGCUAAUACGUUCCAUUUGAGCAGCUCCAACCAAUUCGGUUGCGUUUCUUGCUUCUGCAUGGGAGUUUCGACGCAAUGUUCCGGCUCCAACUGGUACAGGACUCAGGUGUCCACUGUGUUCGUGUCGUCGAUACAAGAUUUCAGGAUUGUUACCAAUCUGAACCGCGAAGCUCCGAUUUCCGCCGGUAUCGUAUUGGACCAAGGCAGCAGGCAAAUUUCGUACAGUAGCUUCUCGGUUUCCGACAUUUAUUACUGGGACUUACCGUCGCGCUAUCUGGGUAACAAAUUAACCUCUUACGGCGGUUAUUUGCGUUACUCCAUCAGACAUAGCCCGAUACCCGGCGGCCAGAGCUCCAGGAACAACGCUGCGGACGUUGAAUUAGUCAGCAAAAAUAACAUAAACCUGUUGUAUUUCAAUAAAAACCAAACGCAAAGUACCAGCGAUGCCCAGACGUUCCUCGUGCCAAUAUUGGAACAAUACUGGCAACGUACUGACGGUCAAACAGCGGAUAGGGAACAUCUUCUUAUGGUGUUGGCGGAUUUGGAGAAAAUUUACAUCAAAGCGACGUAUUUCACCAACACUCAACAAUCUUCACUAAUUUCAGUAUCGCUGGAUAUCGCUAACGAACACAACACGGGAUCCCUACAAAGAGCCUUGGAAGUCGAACAGUGCCAUUGUCCUGAAGGCUACACGGGAUUAUCCUGUGAAAACUGCGACGUCGGGUACACCAGAACAGCAAACGGAUUGUACCUCGGCCUUUGCGAAGCUUGCAGCUGCAACGGCUACUCCAACGACUGCGAUCCGGAUACUGGAACUUGUUUGAAUUGUCGAAACGGCACUACCGGAGAUUAUUGUGACGAAUGUCUGGAAGGUUACACAGGUGACCCGGCUAACGGGGUACCGUGCACUUACCGCGGUACACCUCCGCCUUGUAACUGCGAUCCCCGCGGUUCCGUUUCCAACGAAUGUCGCGACGGUAGAUGCCAAUGUAAGGAUAACAUAGAAGGCAACAACUGCGAUCGAUGCAAACAGGGCUCCUUCGGCCUGAAUUCCAGCUUCAACUUCGGAUGCGAGGUUUGCUUCUGCUCCGGCGUCGUGACGAAUUGCAGGGAGAGCAACCUGUACAUCGAACAAAUCCCGUACCAAAUCACGGAAACCGACCACGGUUUCACCAUCACCGACACCUCGAGAAACGUCAGAAUCACCGAUUUCACCGUCAACGAAUUCAUGAACGAAAUCAGCUACGGCAUCCUGCCCAGCAACAGGGACUCGCUCUACUGGUCCCUGCCCUCCAUCUUCACCGGCAACAAGAUCAAAUCCUACGGCGGUAAAUUGGAGUUCUCCCAACGGUAUACCCAAAGACCGCAGGCCAGAUACGUACCCGAUAAAGAUAUCAUCAUCAUCGGUAACGGUAUCACUAUAUUCUGGACCAAUCCGAACGAACAAAGAGAGGGUAUUGUCAACCCGAUUUCCGUGGCUCUCCAUCCCACGGCCCAUUGGUACCGUUGGAACGGCAACCAAGGGCCGAAGGACGCGUCGCGCGAGGACAUCAUCACGGUUCUCGCGAAAAUCGAGGCCAUACUAAUCAGGGCGACGCAAUCGAGCGACACGAUCAGAGCGUACCUGAGCGACAUCACGCUCGAUACGGCCGUGGAGCAAUUCACCGGCAAACCGAAGGCGGCCAGCGUGGAGGUGUGCAGAUGUCCGCUGGGUUACGAAGGUUCGUCGUGCGAAUCGUGCGACGCCGGUUACUACAAGGAUUUGUAUUUCAAUGUGUCGCGACCGUUGGGAUCGUGUUCGAGGUGUCCUUGUAACGAUAGGGAGGAGAGCUGCGAAUUGGGACCCGAUCAACGGGUGAUUUGCCAUUGCAGGCCGGAAUGGUCGGGAAGGAAUUGCGAAUACGAAGCUCGAUACCCGAUAACGACUGAAUACCCAGAUACAACAACUGUAACGAACGAACCCACUAUCGAAGUAACAAUAGAGGAUACUAACAUUGGAAUAUAUGAGGUCGGGGGUACAGUGAGAUUCAAUUGCUCGGCCAGAUCACGUAUAGCUCCUGUGCCUAUGAGAAUCUUCUGGAGAAAAGCUGACGGUGAUUUACCAAGGCAGGCCAUCGACGAUGGAGCAGGAUUGUUAGUGAUCACAAACUUGAGGGUUUCCGAUUCCGGCAGAUACGUUUGCGAAGCCAGUGAUGGUCACACUAUAGUUACAUCUAGCGUGAACCUAAACGUUGGAGUACCGCACGAUCAAUCGCCAAGGAUAGCGCUGUCGCAGAACUACGUACAAGUCUACGAAGGCCAGCCGAUCGAAGUGCAAUGCGUGGGCUCCGGAGUACCAACUCCCGACUUGCACCUAGUGAGAGACGACGGCGCCGCUCUCAGUCCAGGACAGAUAUUCGAAAACGGUUUGUUCCGCAUCCAGCGCGCCCAGCUGUCCGAUUCCGGCGAGUACACGUGCGCGGCCUCGAAUCGCGUGGGCACGGCUAACGCCCGGUUCACCGUAGUGGUGCGCGAGUCGACCGUGGGCACGAUCGUGCGCGUGGAUAUCACGCCUGCGUCGUUCAGCGGCGUGUCCGGCGACACCGUCACGCUCCGGUGCUCUUCGACCCCGUACGGACAGGUCAUCAGGUGGACGAAGGAGGGCGGCGACUUGCCCUACAGCUCCAGGGAAGAUAGAGGCACUUUAGUCAUACAAGAUGCCACUCCGGACGUGUCAGGCGUGUACGUUUGCACCAUUACCGCAGCGUCCGGUACUAGAGGAAGUAAGAGAGUUAGCGUUGACAUUAGACCCAGCUCUGAAAAUGAAUACAUAUCUGCUCACGUUUUAAAUGAAAGUAUUACACUAAAGCAAGGUGAAUCUAAAGAGAUACAGUGCUUUACGACUGGCAACCCUCCUCCGACGGUGAAAUGGACGAAAUUGGGGCAAGAUCUAUCGAGAAACGUUGAGCAAUUCGGCUCCACGCUUAAUAUCUACGAUGCUCAAGUUCAGGACAGAGGUGUAUACGUUUGCGUUGCCACCAAUGUUCACGGUAUAGCUCAAGCAUCCGUGGUUGUAGAAGUUACUCGAUUGGAGACGCCUCGUUUGGAAAUUCACCCACAAACCACCCAGACUGUUAUUGCAGGAAACAGCGCGGUGAUUCAAUGCAGGGCUAUAGCCGGUAUUCCAUCGCCUACGAUAACAUGGUCGAGAGAAAACAACCUCCCUCUGGGUCCGAACGUCGAAGAAAUGUCCGGAGGCACUUUGAGAUUCACGUCUAUAACCACCUCCGAAGAAGGCGAAUACGUUUGUACAGCCGUCAAUCAAGCAGGAAGAGCCACCGCCACCGCUCACAUUAUUGUUCACACUCCACCUGAAGUUACUAUAACCCCGAGACAGGAAGUUAUCACUAAAAACCUGGGCGACUCCUUCAGGCUGGAGUGUCAAGCCACCGGUAUACCUCAACCGUCGGUUGUUUGGAGUAAAUACGGCGUAGAAGACAGGAGAGUAUUGUCUAGCAUGCCGACCAACUACGGUUUGCCUAACAUUGCUUACCAAGAAUUCACUCGUCUAGCGAAAGAAGAUGAAGGCUUGUACAUAUGUAGAGCCGAAAGCGCCGCAGGAAUUACAGAAAGAAGGGUUCAAUUAUCUGUUGAUACGUUGCCAAGUAGAGGUGACAUUACAGGAGAAGACGCUACGUCUACCGGCGAAAGACCGAGUUGGAAAGACAACGAGCCAUCAAGGCCUCACUACACAACGACCUUCAGGCCUGAACCACCAGUUCACGAGCAGGAAUACAUAGCGCCCAUAGGAGGACGGGCUGAAAUUAGAUGCAGCAUCGCCAAUCAAGACGGUGUAAAUAUUCAAGUGAGAUGGUCCAGAACAGACGGUUCACCGCUACCGCCUAACGCUUACGAGAGAAGCGGAGUUUUGUACAUCGACAACGUAGAACCCGAAGCCCAAGGAGAAUACAGCUGCACCGGAUACGAUCAGUACGGUAGACCCGUUUUCAAACUCGACUCUUACCUCACUGUUAUUUCCCCUCCGAGAAUAACCUUAAUACCGCCGAGACAAAUAGUCCAUCCCGGUGAAAACGCGUACAUCAAUUGUAGCGCCAGCGGCCAGCAACCGAUCGAAAUAUCCUGGUCACCGAUAGACCGAGACAUGCCCCAAUCGGUCUACACCAGGGAAGGCUACAUUCGCUUCAACAACAUCCAACUACAAGACGCCGGCAGAUACUUAUGCAGAGCCAACAACAGAGCCGGCACGGCCGAGGCAGUAGCCGACGUUAUAGUCGAAGAAAACGUGUCGAGACCGGCGAUAAAAGCUGAACAGAAACAACAAAUAGCGCCGGUAGGUUCGACGGUGACGCUCCGGUGCAGAGCUACUAAUCCUAGCGCUGCCGAAGCGAUCAGGUGGUUCAGACAGGAUCUGGAAUUGCCGGUCGAUUCCCGACAGAACGGGGAGGUUUUGUAUCUGCGAAACGUGCGGCAAGAGGAUCAAGGGAGGUAUUACUGUGAGAUUCAGACCAGGGACGGUUCAUACAGCGACUAUGUUGAUUUGCAAUUGACAGCACGUCAGGAAAGUUGUUACCCAGGAUGGUGGGCUUGUAAAAAUGGAAAUUGCAUACCGGAUUAUCUGUUGUGCGACGGCUUGAACGAUUGCCAAGACAAUAGCGACGAAACGGAUUGCGCUUCGAGGAUACGAAGGGGACCAGCGCCGUCUACGCCUAGAUCCUACCUGCCGCCUCCGAGUCUCUACAUUUCACCCCCGGAAUCCGAUCACUACGUAGGGGAAAACAUCGAAAUCUACUGCCAGUCGUCCGAGCGCGGAGCCAUUCCCGUAUGGUCGAAAGUAUCAGGCCCGCUAUCCAGCAACGUCGAAAACGUCGGCGGUACUUUAAGGAUCGUCAAUUUAAUAAUGGAGAAUGGUGGUACUUACAGAUGCGAAGCCACAGGCAGGCAAGGAGUCCACUACAAAGAUUACAACCUCAACGUUAUCGAACAACAAUAUAAAGAUGAACCGCCGCUUCAAAUCACCGAAGCUCAAAGAGGAUCCACUGUUGUACUCGAGUGCAAAGUAGAUUUCGAUGCAACGCAAUUCAGCUGGAGCAAACAAGGAGGAGAAUUGCCCAAAGAAGUCGACUAUACCGCUAAAACAAUUCAAUUAAACGACGUCGACGGAUCCGACGCUGGUGCGUACACGUGCACAGCAAGCAACAACGCCAGAACCAUCAACGUACCGGUAAUUCUCGUGGUAACCGGCAUAGUGCCCUACUUCACUCAAGCUUCGAACAGCUACAUAAUGAUCCCGACCCUGGCCGAUUCGUACAUUCAAUUCAGCUUCGAAAUAUCGUUCAAGCCGCAACAGGACACCGGUUUGAUCCUGUACAACGGGAACAAAGGAAACGACAUCAGCGGCGACUUCAUCUCGCUGUCGUUAGCCAACGGAGUUCCGGAAUUCAAAUACAACCUAGGCAUGGGCACCACCAGCGUGAAAUCCAACCGCGCCAUCACCAUCAACGAUUGGCACACGAUCAAAAUAUCGAGAAACCGAAGGAAGGUGACGAUGUACGUCGACGGCGACGGCCCGUUCGUGGGAUUGUCCGAGGGAAAAUACACCGGUCUCGACCUAACCGAGCCCCUGUACAUAGGCGGCGUGCCCAGCGCCAACGGAAUCUCCCCGGAAGUCAACCACUACGACGCCUAUCGAGGCUUCGUAGGCUGCAUCAGUCGAUUCAAAAUCGGCCACGCUUACUUGGACAUACUGAAAGAAGCCAUCAACAAAACGGGAAUAACCACUUGCGAAUCGUGCAGCGACAACAAGUGCCAGAACCAAGGCGCCUGCCAGGAGGCGCUCUCCAAGGAAGGGUACAUGUGCAUCUGCCCGUCCGGCUUCAGCGGACCGACUUGUAACAAACUGAAAGGAGAAGCCUGCUCGCCACAUGCUUGCGGCGUUGGUAGAUGUAUCGACACCGAAAACGGAUUCGAAUGCCAAUGUCCCUUCGGCUACGCGGGGCGCAGGUGCGAAAACGGAAUCCACAUAGUAGAACCGGCUUUCAGGAACGACGCCUAUCUAGCUUAUCCUACACCCAAACCGGCCAGGAAACUUAAAGUCACGCUCAAAGUGAAACCCAACACGCUCGACGACGGUCUUUUGCUCUACAGCUCGGAAAGCGAAGAAGGCUUCGGCAACUUCAUUAGCUUGGCCAUCAGAGACGGCCACUUGGAGUUCAGAUACGACGCUGGAAAUGGAGUUAGUGUGAUUAGAGAUGAAAGCAGUUUGAGGCCGGGCGAAUGGCACGUUGUCACAGCGACAAGGUCUUUGAGCGAAGGUAGGCUGUUAGUGGACGGGCAAACCCCGACGGUAUCCAGACAAGCCGGUAACUACAAAACCAUUAACCUUCAAACGCCGCUCUACAUCGGAGGAUACGACAAGCAACACAUCAGAGUCAACGAUGGCGUUCAAGUGUUCAACGGUUUCAAAGGAUGCAUCGCAGAUAUAAACUUGGCUGGAGUCGACCUGAACAUCCUGCUGAACAUAACCGACUCGGCCAACGUGAGGGAUUGCAGCGACAAUUCGGAAGGGGAGAACAGCGUGUUCAGCGACACCACCGAGGAGUCCUUCAGGCACGUCAGCUGCUCGAACAAUCCUUGCCAGAACGAAGGGCACUGCUAUCCGCUGUCGCCCACCGAAUACCAGUGCGCCUGCGCGCCCGGCUACGCCGGCAAGAAUUGCGAACUGUCCGAGAACUUCUGCAAUCCGAAUCCGUGCCAAAACCGAGGAGUUUGCAAGUUGAACAACUCGCACUACGUCUGCGACUGUCCGCUCGGUUUCACCGGACGAGCCUGCGAUCAAGUAACCGAAUUGAGGAACGACGCCAACUUCGAGGGAAACGGCUACCUAGAAUUCAGCAAGCAAUUGCUAUCUCACGACCACGGCGAACAGGACCUCAUCGCCCUGGAGAUUUCCACCAACCAAUCCAACGGGCUCGUCUUCUGGCACGGACAGACUCCGGAGAAGAACGGUCGCGGGUUGGAUUACAUUUCUUUAGCCAUCGAAGACGGCUACUUGGUGUACAGCUUCGAUUUGGGCGAAGGCCCGGCCGUCAUUAGGAACGACAACUUGAUGGUGAACGACGGCGAAAGGCACUCGGUGAUUUUGAAGCGCAACGGCAAACUGGGCUCCAUGGACAUCGACAACGCUUGGACGGUGGAGGGCGAGGCGACCGGUCCAUCGUACACGCUGGACACCGAUGGUAACAUUUACUUGGGCGGCGCGCCCAACGUAUCCAGAAUAACGGGCGGCCUGCACACGCAAGGCUUCAUUGGAUGCAUCCAUGGAUUCGAAUUGCAAAAUUCCCAAAGAUUAGAAUUAGGAUUCAAAGCUAUAAAUGGCUUGAACGUCAAGCCGUGUUCUAGCUUUUCUAUAGAACCGAGAUGGUCCAAUGAUCUGGUACAUUGA